UGUGUUGACUAUACAUGUACAUGGAGAAGAUGUAUCUCGAAACAUACUUCAAAGUUGCCUCCAUUUGGUGGAUCUUGCAGGCAGCGAACGUGUUGAUAAAUCAGAAGUUACUGGUGAUGGACUCAAAGAAGCACAGUAUAUAAACAAGUCGCUUGCUUGUUUAGGAGAUGUUAUCGCAGCCUUGGCACAAAAGAACUCUCAUAUUCCUUACAGAAACAGCAAGCUGACAUUACUUCUGCAGAACGCUUUAGGAGGAAAUGCAAAAACAUUGAUGUUUGCUCACGUGAAUCCAGAAGGAGAUUCUUUUGGAGAAACAAUGAGUACUUUAAAAUUUGCUCAGAGGGUCUCAACUGUUGAACUUGGUGCAGCUCGUGCAAAUAAAGAGACUGCUGAGGUACUCGAGCUUAAAGCACAGAUUGAAAAUCUCAAGAAGGCACUGGCCAACAAGCAAACUGGGACUCCUCUGGUUAACAACUCAAAGGAGCCAGCUAGAACACCAUGCAAGAAACCUAAACAAAUGACUGACCGAACCCCUGUUCGUCCAAGAAGGUUAAGCAUUGAAAAUGCUAGCCACUUAGCGCUGGAGACAAAGAACUACAACGACACAAGGGGAUCCAAAACCCCUUCCGUGAAAACGU